AUGGCGGCUCAGGGCGGCGGGUGGCGGUGGGCGCUGGGGUUGGGGAUGGCGCUGGCGUUGGGGCUGGGCGGCCGCCGCUGCUGCUGUCCCGCCGCCGCCGCCGCCCUGCCGUUCCUCAACGCUUCGGCCGUUCCCGAGCGCUGCCGCCGCCCCGCGACCUGCGAACGGCUCCGAUACGGUGCUUGCCUGGGUUCGGCGCUACCUUACGCCGCUACCUCCACGCUGCUGGCAGCCGACUCCGACUCGCAGGAGGAGGCUCACGGAAAGCUCCUGCUCUGGUCCGGCCUGCGCAAUGCCCCGCGCUGCUGGGACGUCAUCCAGCCCCUGCUCUGUGCCGUCUACAUGCCCAAGUGUGAGGAUGGCCAGGUGGAGCUGCCCAGCCAGACCCUCUGCCAGGCCACCCGGGCACCCUGCACCAUCGUGGAGCGCGAACGUGGUUGGCCUGACUUCCUCAAGUGCACACCUGACCGCUUCCCCGAGGGAUGCCCGAACGAGGUGCAGAACAUCAAGUUCAACAGCUCGGGGCAGUGCGAGGCACCACUGGUGAGGACGGACAACCCCAAGAGCUGGUACGAGGACGUGGAGGGCUGUGGCAUCCAGUGCCAGAACCCCCUCUUCACCGAGAAGGAGCACCGCGAGAUGCACGUCUACAUCGCUGCCUUCAGCUCCGUCACCAUCUUCUGCACGUUCUUCACCCUGGCCACGUUCGUUGCCGACUGGAGGAACUCCAACCGCUACCCUGCCGUCAUCCUCUUCUACGUCAAUGCCUGCUUCUUCGUGGGCAGCAUCGGCUGGUUGGCGCAGUUCAUGGACGGUGCCCGCGACGAGAUCGUCUGCCGAGCUGAUGGCACCAUGCGGCUGGGAGAACCCACCUCCAAUGAGACGCUGUCCUGCGUCAUCAUCUUUGUCAUCGUCUACUACUCACUGAUGUCGGGUGUCAUCUGGUUUGUCAUGCUGACCUACGCCUGGCACACCUCCUUCAAGGCUCUGGGCACCACCUACCAGCCACUCCUGGGCAAGACCUCUUACUUCCACCUCAUCACCUGGUCCAUCCCCUUUGUCCUCACUGUGGCCAUCCUGGCUGUGGCACAGGUUGAUGGUGACUCUGUCAGUGGCAUCUGCUUCGUGGGCUACAAGAACUACCGCUACCGGGCUGGCUUUGUCCUGGCACCCAUCGGCCUUGUCCUCAUCGUUGGGGGCUAUUUCCUCAUCCGGGGGGUCAUGACCCUCUUCUCCAUCAAGAGCAACCACCCUGGGCUGCUGAGCGAGAAGGCAGCUAGUAAGAUCAACGAGACCAUGCUGCGCCUGGGUAUCUUUGGCUUUUUGGCCUUUGGCUUUGUCUUCAUCACAUUUGGCUGCCACUUCUACGACUUCUUCAACCAGGCGGAGUGGGAGCGCAGCUUCCGGGAAUACGUCCUGUGUGAGGCCAAUGUGACCAUUGCCACGCAGACCAACAAGCCCAUCCCAGACUGUGAGAUCAAGAACCGUCCAAGCUUGCUGGUGGAGAAGAUCAAUCUCUUUGCCAUGUUUGGCACUGGAGUCUCCAUGAGCACCUGGGUCUGGACCAAGGCCACCCUGCUCAUUUGGAAGCGCACCUGGUGCAGGCUGACGGGGCAGAGCGAUGACCAGCCCAAGAGGAUCAAGAAGAGCAAGAUGAUCGCGAAGGCCUUCUCCAAGCGCAAGGAGCUGCUGCGUGACCCAGGCCAGGAGCUGUCCUUCAGCAUGCACACUGUCUCGCAUGAUGGCCCCGUGGCUGGUUUAGCGUUUGACAUCAAUGAGCCAUCAGCUGAUGUGUCCUCAGCGUGGGCCCAGCAUGUCACUAAGAUGGUGGCCAGAAGAGGGGCUAUCCUGCCCCAGGACAUCUCCGUGACACCUGUGGCAACCCCUGUGCCACCAGAGGAGAGGCCCAACCUCUGGGUGGUGGAGGCUGAUGUCUCCCCCGAGCUGCAGAAGCACAGCAGCCGCAAGAAGAAGCGGAGGAAGAAGAAGAAGGAGGAGGUGUACCCAGGUCCUGAGCACUGCCUGGAGGGUUCUGCAGCACACCCAGCCCCCAGUGCUGUCCCUCGCCUGCCCCAGUUGCCCCCCCAGCCCUGUCUGGUUGCCUUUGCCCCUGAUACCAUCCCAGGACUCCCACCUAAAGCCACCUUCUCAGGAGGACCAUGGGAGGGCCACCACAGAGCCAACGUGUUCCACCUCAUCAGCAACCCCUUCUGCCCCGAGAAUGGGUCCCCUGAGGAGAUGAGCCCUGGCACCAGCAGCAGGCACCAGCAGUGCAAUGGGGGGCUGUUCUGGCCCCCCAACCAUGGCCCCUUGCCCCAUGGUGGUGGUGGGUCCAGGACUCAGGGCCGACGAGCUGGCUUAGCCCCCAUCCACUCUCGGACCAACCUGAUGGACACCGAGCUGCUGGAUGCCGAUUCGGACUUUUAAGCCCUGAUGGGACGAUGUGAGGUGAUGGGGACAGGUGAGAUGAGACCCAAAGCCUCAUCCAGCAUGAGGAACCUGCAAG